CCCGCGCCUCCGUGUGCGCAGGCGCACCACUAACCCUGAAGAACGGGCGGGCGGGGCUAUAUUGCGUCAUCGGGGCGCGCGCUGCGGACGACGCCGUGGUUGCCGGAAGUUGAGCGGCGGCAGCAAAUAAUGGCAGCAGCUCCGGGGGAUCCUGGGCUGUCCAAAUUGCAGUUCGCUCCCUUUAGCAGUGCCUUGGACGUUGGAUUCUGGCAUGAGUUGACCCAGAGGAAACUGAAUGAGUACCGGCUGGAUGAAGGUCCCAAGGACAUUAAGGGCUAUUACUACAAUGGUGAUUCUGCUGGGCUGCCAGCUCGCUUAACAUUGGAGUUCAGUGCUUUUGACAUGAGUGCUCCCACGCCAGCCCACUGCUGCCCAGCUGUUGGAACGCUCUUUAACACCAACACACUUGAGGCUUUCAAGGCUGCAGAUAAGAAGCUACUUUUGGAGCAAGCAGCAGAUGAGAUAUGGGAAGCUAUAAAAUCAGGUGCUGCUCUCGAAAACCCUGUCCUUCUCAACAAGUUCCUCCUCUUGACCUUUGCAGAUCUAAAGAAGUACCACUUCUACUAUUGGUUUUGCUUCCCUGCUCUCUGCCUUCCAGAGAGUAUACCCCUCAUUCAAGGGCCGGUGGGCUUGGAUCAAAGGUUUUCACCAAAACAGAUUCAAGGCCUUGAGCGUGCAUAUGAUGAUCUUUGUCACACAGAAGGAGUCCCAGCGCUACCUUACUUCUUGAUCAAGUAUGAUGAGAACAUGGUGCUGGUUUCCCUGCUUAAACACUACAGUGAUUUCUUCCAAGACCAAAGGACAAAGAUAACAAUUGGUGUAUAUGAUCCCUGUAACUUAGCCCAGCAUCCUGGAUGGCCUUUGAGGAAUCUUUUGGUCCUAGCAGCGCACCGAUGGAGUAGCAGUUUCCAGUCUGUUGAAGUCCUCUGCUUCCGGGACCGCACCAUGCAGGGGGUGAGAGACAUUGCUCACAGCAUCGUCUUCGAAGUGAAGCUUCCAGAAAUGGCAUUUAGCCCAGAUUGUCCCAAAGCAGUUGGAUGGGAAAAAAACCAGAAAGGCGGCAUGGGACCGAGGAUGGUGAACCUCAGUGAAUGUAUGGACCCCAAAAGGUUAGCUGAGUCAUCAGUGGAUUUAAAUCUCAAAUUGAUGUGUUGGAGAUUGGUCCCUACUUUGGACUUAGACAAGAUUGUGUCUGCCAAGUGUCUGCUGCUUGGAGCUGGCACCUUGGGCUGUAAUGUAGCUAGGACAUUGAUGGGUUGGGGCGUCAGACACAUCACAUUUGUGGACAACGCCAAUAUCUCCUACUCCAAUCCUGUGAGGCAGCCUCUCUAUGAAUUUGAAGAUUGCCUAGCAGGUGGUAAGCCCAAGGCCCUGGCUGCAGCAGACCGGCUUCAGAAAAUAUUUCCUGGAGUGAAUGCCAGAGGGUUCAACAUGAGCAUCCCGAUGCCUGGACACCCAGUGAACUUUUCUAGCGUCACCCUGGAGCAAGCCCGCAGGGAUGUGGAGCAACUGGAGCAGCUUAUUGAAAGCCAUGAUGUCAUUUUCCUGUUGAUGGACACCAGAGAGAGCCGGUGGCUCCCUGCCGUCAUUGCUGCGAGCAAAAGAAAGCUGGUCAUCAAUGCUGCCUUGGGAUUUGACACAUUUGUUGUCAUGAGACAUGGCUUGAAGAAACCUAAGCAGCAGGGAGCUGGGGACUUGUGUUCUGGUCACCUUGUGGCACCUACUGACCUCCUGGGCUCAUCACUUUUUGCCAACAUCCCUGGCUACAAACUUGGCUGCUAUUUCUGCAAUGAUGUGGUGGCUCCAGGAGACUCAACCAGAGACCGGACCUUGGACCAGCAGUGUACUGUGAGCCGCCCAGGAUUGGCCAUGAUUGCAGGAGCCCUGGCCGUGGAAUUGAUGGUUUCUGUUUUGCAGCAUCCAGAAGGGGGCUAUGCCAUUGCCAGCAGCAGUGAUGACCGCAUGAAUGAGCCGCCAACCUCUCUCGGGCUUGUGCCUCACCAGAUCCGGGGAUUUCUGUCACGAUUUGAUAAUGUCCUUCCUGUCAGUCUGGCGUUUGACAAAUGUACAGCUUGUUCUUCCAAAGUUCUUGAUCAAUAUGAACGAGAAGGAUUUAAUUUCCUAGCGAAGGUGUUUAAUUCCUCACAUUCCUUCUUAGAAGACUUGACAGGCCUCACUUUGCUGCACCAAGAGACCCAAGCUGCUGAGCCAAAACAACAGUUGCUAAAUCCAGCUAACAUGGAAAAACUGGACAAGAAGGGGAAAAUUCAACCAUGCCUGUGGAAAGGGUUGGUGGGACACAAAAUCUUGCAUUUCUGCUUGUCUGGUUUUAACUGGAACACCUUGUGGCCCCCAGCCCAGGCCCCCACCCUUUUGUUUUCUGUAGCCACAGCCCGGCAUGUUGAUACUAGCUGUGGGAAUUCUAGGAUUUAACAAUGAAUUGAAAGAACUGCUUUUAUCAUUUCAAGUAUAUGGCCCUAGGCUGAAACAGGCAAAAGAGUUUGUAAAAAUCUUGUUCAAAAGCAGGCUUCAGAAGAGGCUUGCCUCCAGUGUCCUCCACUGUGGCAAAAAGAAGGUCUGGUUGGACCCCAAGAGACGAAUGAAAUCACCAAUGCCAAUUCCUGUCAGCAGAUCUGAAACUGAUCAAAGAUGGGCUGAUCAUCCGGAAGCCUGUGACUGUCCAUUCCCAGGCUCGGUGCUGGAAGAACACUUUGGCCCCCUGGAAGGGCAGGCAUAUGGGCAUUGGUAAGAGGAAAGGUACUGCCAAUGCUCGAAUGCCAGAGAA